AUGUCUGAUGAAGCCGCCGUUGCAUUCGAAGACAGCCUCGGACUCUUCACAGUUUACGAAGACGGCUCGGUCCGGCGCGCCUCUCCGGGCAGCCUUUUCGACGUCCCGGUCAUCGACGACGACGGCGGCGGCUCCUCCGUCCAGUGGAAAGACUACACCUUUGACCCUCAAAACAACCUUUCCCUCCGCCUCUACAAACCCACUUUGCCUAAUAACAACAAUUCAAACAAGCUCCCCGUCAUCUACAACUUCCACGGCGGCGGCUUCUGCAUCGGCUCCCGAGCCGACCCGAUCAGCCACAACUGCAGCUACCGGCUCGCGUCCCGGCUCCAAGCCGUGGUGGUCUCGCCCGACUACCGGCUGGCUCCCGAGAGCCGGCUCCCCGCCGCGGUCGAGGACGGCUACGCGGCUCUGAAGUGGCUCCAGGAUCAAGCCGAGGGACGUGGAGAUGAGGGAGAUGGAUGGUUGGGUGACGUGGCGGAUUUUGGGAAUGUGUUUGUCUGUGGGGAGUCGGCGGGAGGGAACAUUGCUCAUAAUUUGGCGGUGAGGCUUGGAGCCGGGUCGCCGGAGCUGGCGCCGGUUGAGGUGAAGGGGUUAUGGAAAUGCUCGAUUCCGGAGGGAGACACGUGCGACCAUCCUCUGGUGAACCCAUUUGGAGCGAGGAGCAAAGCCGUGGAAGCGGCGGAGAUGGAUCCGAUUCUUGUGGUCUCCGGCGGGAGUGAUAUUCUCGUCGAUCGUAUCAGAGACUACGUCGAGAAGUUGAAGAAUUUGGUAAAGUCGGUUGAAUAUGCUGAAUUUGAAGGACAGCCACAUGUGUUCUUCAGCAUUAAUCCAGACUCGGAAGCAGCAGAGUCGGUGAUGAAUUUGAUUAGCAAAUUCGUCGGCGAGAAUUCAACCUAA